GGCGACUGACGUUCCAGAACACUGACAUGUUCUAGAUCUUCUCAGUCUCCUCUCUCUCCGCCUCAGCUGUUUGUGACGUGGUCACUGGGACGUAAGACAAGAAAAGAGCAAACUGUAGAAGUAAAGGGGAUUGUGGAGUUAUGGUGCCGGUAGCAGGGCACCGAGAAAAACGGGCAACUCAUAACGUUAAAUAAAUAUAUAAUAGCCCUUUAGGUAUACCGAAUUAUAUUAUUCCGUGGACCACCUGUCACGAACUGCAUUCCAGAAGCUCUCCACAAUAAUCCAUUUCCAUUUUAAGAAGAGACAGAGACGGAAAGCAUUCGCUGUUACUCCUACAAAAGUUGCCGUGACGUCAGCGAAGAAGACAUGACGGAUUAUUAUGAUGUUCUGGGAGUGUCACGAAACGCCUCUCCGGAGGACGUGAAGAAGGCGUACAGGAAGCAGGCUCUGCGAUGGCACCCGGACAAGAACCCAGACAACAAGGAGGAGGCGGAGAGGAAGUUUAAGGAGCUGGCUGAGGCCUAUGAAGUUCUGUCAGACCGAAGCAAGUCAAAGGCGUAUGAUACCUAUGGCAAAGACAGAAUGCCCAACAACACAGGCUCAAGUAGUCAUCCUGCUCCGGAAGAUUUCCCAGGGUUCCCCUUCACAUUCCGCAGUCCUGAGGAAGUGUUUCAGGAAUUCUUCAGAGGCCAGGAUCCUUUCGCCAAUUUCUUCGACGACGUUGCCUUUGGAAGAGGGAUGCACAGUGGCUUCCAUGGACAUCCUGGCACUUCCAGGCUCGGCACCAGUCGGUUCUCCUCCUUCCCCUCCGCUGGAGUGCAUGACUUCACCUCUUUCUCAUCCUCCAUGGGUGGAAUGAAUGGGAUGGACGGUAUUGGAGGAAGGGUGGGGAAUUUCAAGUCUGUCUCCACUUCUACGCGUGUCAUCAACGGCAAAAGCACCACCACCAAGAAGAUCAAAGAAAACGGUCAGGAGAGAACAGAGAUCGUGGAAGAUGGGGUCUUGAAGAUGGUGCUCAUCAAUGGUGUGGAGGAUGAGUUGGCUUUGUCUCGAGAGCUCAGCAAGAGAGACCAACCGGCCCCUAGUCAACCCACAGCCAGGCAACACCUCCAGCAGCAGGCAGAGAGGAUGGUACCAGUGGAGCUCCGGACCCAACCACACCGACCCAGCCCCAUCUCCGGCCCCCGGUCUAUGGCCCAGCACUCCUUCAGCUCAGCCUCGUACCCUGACGUCCCCAGUGAGGAGGAGAAGGAUGAUCUCCAGAUGACCUAUUUGUCACCACACAGCAGCCCAUCUCCACUGAUCCACAGGGAGCUACCAGAGGGGGUCCCAGAGCCUCCUACACACCUCCUCAACCACCUCCAGGAGCAGAGAGGCACAGGGGAUCCUGCUACUAAAACCACCAGCAGCAGCAAUUUAAAAAUGACAAAUAAUUGUUGCUGUGUGGUGUGUUAAGUUUAUGGUGUGUGUGUGUGUGUUAAUUGUAUAGUGUGUGUGUGUGUGUGUGUGUGUGAGUGAGUGUGUGUGUGUUAAUUGUAUAGUGUGUGUGUUUGUGAGUGAGUGAGUGUGAUGCUCAGGGCAGAGGACAAACAGAAGACCACUGGUCUCAGUUCUACUCUGGUGUUAUGCUGCCAAUGACCAUCAUAAAGUAUACUGUAUAUUAUAAACUGGUUUGUUUGACCCCUGAAUGCUGAUUGGCUGACAGCAGUGGUAUAUCAGACCGUAUACCAAAGGUAUGAAAAAAAACAUAUAUAUAUUUUUUUUUACAAAUUACGUUGGUAACCAGUUUAUAAUAUCAAUAAGGCACCUCGGGGGUUUUGUGGUAUAUGGCCAAUAUACCACGGCUAAUGGCUGUAUCCAGGAACUCCGCAUUGAAGAACAGCCGUGGUAUGUUGGCCAUAUACCAUACCUCCUCGGGCCUUAUUAUUAUUAUUUUUUUUUCAUUUAAAGUUUUUACAAUUUUUCUUAUUUUUUUUUUCUUAUUGAAUAUUCGAAACAUACAAUAUACAGUGGGGCAAAAAAGUAUUUAGUCAGCCACCAAUUGUGCAAGUUCUCCCACUUAAAAAUAUGAGAGAGGCCUGUAAUUUUCAUCAUAGGUACACUUCAACUAUGACAGACAAAAUGAGAAAAAAAUCCAGAAAAUCACAUUUUUUUUUGCCCCACUGUACUUGCAGUGAAGCCGCUCAAUAACUACAUCAUACCAGUCAUCCACCAG